AUGUACCCAAAAGUAGCCGUUUCCUUAAUCUGUAUGGUUUCCAUGGCAUCAGCCUUUCCAUUACUUCCAGGAAUGUUUGGAAUGCCCUUCUUGCCACCCUUCAAUCCCUUGAUGAUGGGACCAUUUUCACCAUUAGCCAUGAUGGGUGCCUUUCCUUUUGGUAUGCCAUUCAUUCGACCCUUCGCAGGAGGCAUGGUUACACCUUUCGGAAGAGGCAUGGCACAGCCAUUUGCAAGAGGCAUGUCAUCAGUAGCUGAUGCUUCUAUUGUUCCUAGUCCAAGCGUGUCAAGUAAUGGUUUUGUGUCAAACACCGGAAGCAGUAUUCAAACCCAAAAUAUAGUGCCCCUUACCAAUGGAUUUACCAUGAUUAUAUUUAUUAUUGAUCGGCCAUGUUUAUCUAAACUCAACUCUUAAACAUAUUCCAAUGAAUUCAUUUAAUUUUUCUAUAUGUAAUUUAUUAUAAAAUCUAUUUGACUUUACUAAGUAAAUAAUUUAUUUUGGUAUAGUUAUAGUCUAAUUUAUUUUUAUGUGUUUGUAAUUUAUUAUUAAAACUAUUCAGUUUUUUUUUAACUAAAUAGUUUACUUUUGUAUGUUCAUUAAUUUAUUCUUUAAAAUAAAUAAUUUGCUUUUGUAUGUUUGUUAUUUAUUCAUUGAAAUAUCUAAUUAGUUAAACGAGUUAUUAUUAACUAAAUAAUUUAUUUUGUGUAAAUUUUAAUUUAAAUAUAUGUUGUAUUUUAAA